AUGGACGUUACUCCGGUCUCAGUUAACUGGUUCCCUAAUAGGCGUUGUAACUACGAAUGCUCGUUCUGCUUUCAUACAUCCAAGAACACAUUUAUUCUACCAAUUGAUCAGGCAAAAGAAGGGCUAAGGGCACUGUCUGAAGCUGGAAUGCGCAAAAUGAAUAUCAGCGGUGGCGAACCCUUCCUCAAUCCUACAUACAUUGGCGAGAUUUUCAAGUUCUGUAAGGAAGAUCUGGGUCUUGAGUCAACAUCGGUCGUCAACAACGGCUCCAAGGUCACUGAAAAGUGGCUAGAUCAAUAUGGAGCAUACCUUGACAUUAUGGCCAUAUCUUGUGAUACUUUUGAUGUAGAGACCGAUCUUAAACACGGGCGUGCUGAAAAGGGAAAGGCAACGCAUAUUGGCCGGGUAUUUGAAGUUGUACGAUGGUGCAAAGAACGAGGAAUCAAAGUCAAGCUAAAUUCAGUGAUCACAAAACACAAUUUUGAGGAAGACAUGAAUGAUAGUAUCAAAGAGCUAGCGCCUUUUCGCUGGAAGGUGUUCCAAGUUCUGCUCCUAGAGGGGGAGAAUAAUGGCGUGGAGAAUGGAGCACUUCGGGAUGCACGCAGCCUGCUCAUUACUAGAGACCAGUUUCAGUCGUUCCUCGAUCGCCAUAGGGAACAGAAGUGCCUUGUUCCUGAAGACAAUGACGCCAUGAAGGACUCUUACCUGAAUUUAGAUGAGGAGAUGAGGUUCUUAAACUGUUCGUUGGGUGGUAAGACUCCUGGGCGCUCGAUUUUAGAAGUCGGGGUUCAACAAGCUCUUCAAGACGCCGGUUUUGAUAAUAAGGCUUUUAUCGAACGAGGAGGCAUUUUCGACUGGACUCGCGAGAAGGUGGUCCCUCCAUCUAUAGAAUGGUAG